CGCUGGGUGUGGGGCCUCUGUGGUGGUCCUGAUGCGCCCCAUGCCGCAUUGUCUGUAUCCGCAGUCAACGCAGAGAGCCGCGGCGUGGGGAUUAAGCAGAGUCAGCUCUCUGUGAGCUCACACAUUGUACAGGAGGAUGAAUUAAUAAAAGCCGUAAGAAGCAACGAGUCUCUACGUUUACUUUUUACGUUGCACUUGACCGAGAGCACUUCGGUUGAGUGGGAAACACUAAUAUGGCGUGGUACACUUUACAUUCGAGUACCGAGUUGUCUUUUGCCGGAGGGUUCCAAGGAGGGAUUUGUUUCCCUUCUGGAAUACGCCGAGGAGACGCUCCAAUGUAACAACAUCGUCGUUUGUCUCCGAAAAGAUCGUACUGACCGAGCUAUGCUCGUUCGUACUUUCAUGUUUCUGGGAUUCUCGAUUCUGCCACCGAAUCACGCACUCGUUCCACCGGGUUGUGAUUCUGGCAACCUUUACAUGCUCUACGCCGUUGAGUAAUUCCUCAAUCUCGAACGUCGUUGUCCUCUCGAUUUGAUAUAAAAACAGUUAUUCCAUCACACACCGGCCACACAAAACAGAAGGAAAG